UAGAGGAGCAAAAAAAGCAAAGUGAUCCAUUGAACAAGGGGGCUUUGCCCUGUCUUAAUUACGUCGAGUUCCAUAUUUUUUCCCUUUUUUCACCUUUUCCUUACUCUUAUGGGGGCUUGUGGUAAUUAGUUUGAAGAGAAUAAAACCAGCUGAUCGGAGAGGGGUGGUGCAUUUUCUAGCGAGAUGGCUCACAGAAACAUUCUGUUGCUCUUCUGUGGACUCUUCCUCUUAGCACUGAUUCAGCCCUCUCUUCAAGGAGGUGUGUAUGUACCACCUGGUACUGGGAUUGGACCAGGAGGUGCCGGACCAGGAAUUGGAUUCUUUCCAGGGUCUACUGGAGGAGUCCCUGCAGGCUAUAAACCAGCAAAAGCUGCAGUCGGAGGUUAUGGAGGUGGGGGACGAGGAGUAGGGCCAGGCGGUCUGCUCCCAGGAGGUGUUGGGCAUGGUGGUCUGGGCGUUGGAGGACUGGGAGGAGGACAAGGUGGAAAGCCCCCUAAACCAGGUUAUGGCAAUCUAGGAGGCGGCGGUCUUGGAGGCGGUGGUCUUGGAGGCGGUGGUCUUGGAGGCGGUGGUCUAGGAGGCGGUGGUGGAGGUUAUGGAGGUGGUCUAGGAGGCGGUGGUCUUGGAGGUGGUGGUGGGGGUUAUGGAGGAGGUGGCUACGGUGGAUAUGGUGGAGGAACUGGGGGCUUUUUCCCUGGAACUGGACAGAAGGCUGGUAAAAGAGGUGCAGGAGGCCCUCUGCUCCCACAUGCAGGCACAGGAACUGGAUCCGCAGUUCCUGUUGGAGGACCUGUUAUUCCUCAGACCGGCCUUCCAGGAGGGGGUGUUGGUGGUGGUCUUGGAAAGAAAGCUUCUAAAGUGCCAGGUGUCGGAGUGCCGGGACUUUACCAAGGUGGACUGGUACCUGGACAAGGGUUUGGUGGACGUGGAGUUCUGCCGGGGGUGGCGACAGGAACUGACCUGAAUCAAAAGUCUAAUGGAGGAGGAGGACAAGUAGGACCAGGAGGUCGUGGCCCGAUGCAGCCAGGACUUUUCCACGGAUACCCCCUCAAAUCACCCAAAGUGCAAGGUGGCUAUGGGACAAAACCUGGAGGUGGCAAACUACCUUUAGGUUACGGCUAUGGAAAUGGCGGUGCUGGACUUCCUGGAGGACAGGUUGGUCCUGGGUCGAGGCCUGGAUAUCCUGUUGGAACUGGAGUUGGGCCCGGUGGCAUCUCCCUUGCUCAGGCUAAAGCUGCCAAAUAUGGUGUUGGCAAUGUUGGUGGUGCUGGUGGUCUGUAUCCAGGGCAGGUGCCAGGAGGUGUUGGCAAUGUUGGCGGAGCUGGUGGUCAGUAUCCAGGACAGGUGCCAGGAGUCGGGACCGGUCUCAUCUCACCUGCUCAGGCUAAAGCUGCCAAAUAUGGUGUUGGAAAUGUUGGUGGAACUGGUGGUCUGUAUCCAGGGCAGGUGCCAGGAGGUGUUGGCAAUGUUGGUGGUCAGUAUCCAGGGCAGGUGCCAGGAGUCGGGACCGGUGGCAUCUCACCUGCUCAGGCUAAAGCAGCCAAAUAUGGUGUAGGAAAUGUUGGUGGAGCUGGUGGUCUGUAUCCAGGACAGGUGCCAGGAGGUGUUGGCAAUGUUGGUGGUCAGUAUCCAGGGCAGGUGCCAGGAGUCGGGACCGGUGGCAUCUCACCUGCUCAGGCUAAAGCUGCCAAAUAUGGUAUAGGAAAUGUUGGUGGAGCUGGUGGUCUGUAUCCAGGGCAGGUGCCAGGAGGUGUUGGCGGUGCUGGUGUUCUGUAUCCAGGGCAGGUGCCAGGAGUGGGGACAGGUAAUAUCUCCCCUGCUCAGGCUAAAGCUGCCAAAUAUGGUGUUGGCAAUGUUGGUGGUGCUGGUGGUGUGUAUCCAGGGCGGUUGCCAGGAGGUGGUGGCGGUGCUGGUGUUCCUUAUACAGGGCAGCUGCCAGGAGUGGGGACUGGUAAUAUCUCCCCUGCUCAGGCUAAAGCUGCCAAAUAUGGUGUUGGCAAUGUUGGCGGUGCUGGUCUUCCGUACACAGGGCAGGUGCCAGGAGGUGUUGGCGGUGCUGGUGUUCUGUAUCCAGGGCAGGGGCCAGGAGCGGGGACCGGUGGCAUCUCACCUGCUCAGGCUAAAGCUGCCAAAUAUGGUUUGGGUGCAGUUGGCGGUGUUGGGGGUGUUGGAGGUGUUGCUGGCACUGGUGGACUGUAUCCACGUCAACUGCCAGGAGUAGGUUCUGGAGGUAUCUCACCGGCUCAGGCUAAAGCUGCUAAAUAUGGUUUGGGUGUGGCAGGUGGUGUUGGUGGUGGAGGUGUUGGUGGUGGAGGUGUUGGUGGCACUGGUGGACAGUAUCCAGGGCAGGUGCCAGGAGGAUCAGGACUACCAGGAGGUGCACCAGUGUUCGGGGGAUAUUCAGCAGCAGCCAAAGCAGCUAAAUAUGGACAAGGAGGAGCAGGAAGACAAUUAGGGACCACAGGAAUUGGAGGACAAGGUGGACAAUUAGGGACCGGUGGACUUGGAGGACAAGGUGGACAAUUAGGAACCGGAGGACUUGGAGGACAAGGUGGACAAUUAGGGACUGGAGGACUGGGAGGACAAGGAGGAUAUUCUGCUGCUGCCAAAGCUGCUAAAUAUGGAGUAGGCAGACUAGGAACAGGAGGCCAACAAGCAGGAGGAGUAGGAACAGGCGGACUAGGUGGAGGAGGAGUAGGAGGAACGGGAGGACACUCUUUAGCUGCUGCUAAAGCUGCAAAAUAUGGUCUAGGCGGUGCAGGGGUUGUUCCAAGUGGUGGUGCUGGUGGAGUCCCUGGACGAGUCCCAUUUUUACCAGGAUAUGGCUCUUUGGCGGCUGGUGCUAAACCUCCUAAAUAUGGAGCAGGCCAAGGAGGCGUAGUUCCAGGUGGAGCAGGACAGCAACUUCCUGGUGUCGGUGGCUAUGGUUGGUAUGGUCCUGGAGGAGCUGUGCAAGGGAUUGUACCAGGAGCAGGAGGAGUACCAGCAGGUACCGGUUAUUUACCAGGAGGUGGACAAUACUCUGCUGCUGCAAAAGCUGCUAAAUAUGGAGUUGCAGGAGGCGCUGGAACAGGGAUUGUACCAGGACUGGGAGGAACAGGAGCAGUUCCUGGCGCUGUACCAGGACUAGGAGGUGGACAAUACUUUGCUGCUGCGAAAGCUGCUAAAUACGGAGUUCCCGGAGCAGGGAUUGUACCAGGAGCAGGAGGAGUACCAGGAGCAGGAGGAGUACCAGGAGUAGGAGGAGUACCAGCAGGUCCCGGUUAUUUCCCAGGAGGUGGACAAUACUCUGCUGCUGCAAAAGCUGCUAAAUACGGUCUGACAGGAACAGCUGGAGCAGGGUUAGGAACAGGAGUACAGGGAGUGGCAGGAGGAGGAGGUGUCUCUGGGUUUGGUGUUGGUGUGACACCAGCUACUCCAGAAGUCAGGGUUGGCACAAAUGGUUCUGCUUUUGGAGUGCCAGCAACGGAUACAAGUGCUUCUGGAACUGUUAAACCAGAGCCCACGCCUACUGUCGCAGAGGUCCCGCAGCCCAGUAAGACUUGCUGUUUGCAUGAAACCUCUGGCUCUAAAAUAAAAUCUGUGGUAUUUAUAUUGAAUUCAUUCAUUUUUCUCUCUGAUGAAGAAUAGGACAGUCCAAUAAUAAUAAUAAUUAUUAUUAUAAUAAUAAUGAAUAUCUUAAUUACACACUUCAGAAUCUUUAGUUUUGCAGGUCAAUGUUUUAAUCAGCAUCCAGAUUUACAAUCUUUAUGAUUACAUAAUCAAAUCUCAAGAGCACAAUAUUUUAAGUGUAGCCACAUCACCAUUUAAACCUGUUGGUGUAUUUGGUUAAUGUACAUUUCCCAUCCUGUGGGACGAAUAAAGGUAAUCUGAAUUGGUUUCCCAGCAACCUCCACUGCCAUAUUUUAUUCUCACUCACAUGAAUUUAUUAUAAUGAGGAAUACACUCAUAAUUUAUAAGGACAGAAAUGACAGUACAGGACUAUGAUGUACUGCUGAAAGAGAGGUACAUUUCGUGUGUUUGUUGUCUGCCGCUCUCAAACUAUUAUCUCAGUUGUGGUCCCAUGUUGUCCUUUAUUUUCAACAGUACUUAUUUUGUGCAAUCUUGCCUUCUUUACUAACACAAUCACUGUUUUUUUUGCUUGAUUGACACAAUUUUCCAACGUUAAAUACAUGUUUUACAUUAUUUCUAAAUGAGGUCUCGCUCCUAUCAUUCCUGUAUAUUUCUCCCUACUAGUUUUAGUUACUUUUAUAUGUCAUUGUUAUAAAUGUAACCAAACGAAACUGACAGGAUUAUUGAAAUGUUGUAUGAUAAAAGACAAUUUGACUCAUUUUCUUUUUCUUCUAUUUGUUAAACUUCCUACUCUCAUGGUGGCUGUGUGAAAACAGGCGUUUCUGGUGCCAUCCUUCAGCCCAGUGCUGGCACAAGUGUUGGUGGAGCAGGUGUUGCAGUACCCUCUGGUGUUGGUCCUACUGGCCAAGGCCAGCCUGGUGUUGGUGUUGGCACAGGUGGCAAAGCACCUAAACCGUUCCU